AUGCUCCCGCUCGCCGCCGCAAGGGCCUGCCUUUCCUCCCCGGCGCCGACGCCGAGACCCCCAUCCCCAUCCCCAUCCCGAGCGGCGCCUCUCUCCCCCCUUCACCGUCGCCGCUCCACCGCCACGCUGCCCAGACCCGCCGGACUCCCCCUCCUCCGUCCGCUCGGGGCCGCCGCGGGGGCGGGCGCGCCGGGCGCGUCCUCGCGGCCGGCGAGGGACCGCGUGAUCGACUUCGGCAAGCACAAGGGCCAGAUGCUGGGCACGCUGCCGCCGUCCUACCUGCGGUGGGUGGUCGUGGAGCUCGACUACGGGGACACGCUGGUCUGGGCGCGCCUGGCGCGCGAGGUGCUGGACGACCCCGUCUACGUCGACCGCGUGGAGUGGGAGCACGCGCACCGCUUCCUCCGCGGCGACUCCAAGUUCGACUACGUCUACGACGACGCCGGCGACGACGGCGACGGGCCGCUCCAGGAGAUGGCCGAGCGCUUCGGCUGGGACCUCUCCGACGAGGACGGCUGGGGCCGCCUCGACUUCCGCCUCCUCGGCACCUCCUACGGCGGCCGCAUCCCGAGGAAGGCCGGCCGGCGCCAGAGCACCGGCAACAGAACCCCCCGCAGCGGGAGCGCCCUGUUCGACGCCGGGGCGGCUGACCCGGACGGGCCGAGGGGGAAGAGGGACGAGAGGCGUGAGCGGAUGCGGACGAGGAGGGAGGAGCAGGUGAGGACGGCGAAGCUGGAUGUGCUCGGCGUGAGCGCCGGCGCGAAGGAUGGCGGCGCACUGGGGACGGCGAGGAAGGCCCGCAUUGGAGCGGCGGCGAAGAAGGACAUCCUGGGGCUGGGGCGCGGCGGCGAGAGGGCGGCGCCGCUGAAAGGCGGCGAGGGAGGGAGCCCGUUCCCCGGCCGGCAAGCCUUCCUCGACAAGGUUAGGAAGCUCAAGGGCGAUGAUAGCUAG